AAUAGUCAGGUAUAUAUGCUGUUGGGAUCAUUGGAACACCAACCAGUUCUCUAUUGUCUUUCAAGAUGUUUUCACUUUUACUGAAAAUUAGUUUGUUAGGUUUAGUAGUAUGCUCGCCAACCUUAAAUCCCAAAGAGGAUGUUAGGAUUGUUGGAGGUGAAGAUAUCGACAUCAGAGAAGCCCCUUACCAAGUCUCGGUGAUGUACAGAGGCUAUCAUACCUGCGGCGGUGCUGUGGUCGACAAUGACGUCAUCAUCACAGCUGCUCAUUGCAUUAUCGGAUCAAACCCAAAAGACUACACAAUUCGUGUCGGCUCAUCAUUCAACAAGAAAGGCGGUGUUCUUCGCAAAGUUGGUGACCUGACGCAGCACCCUGAGUUCAGCUUCUCGAACAUGGAUAAUGAUGUCGCUAUCCUUUGGCUGACAGAACCUUUGGUCUUCAAUGAUGCGAUCAUGCCAAUACAGAUGGCUAAUGCAGGAGACGAAAUCCCUGAUGGAGAAGAUACUGUUGUUACUGGUUGGGGAAAUUUGAGGGAGGGAGGCGGCAUCCCAUCAGUAUUGCAAAGAGUAGUGGUCCCGAAAGUCAAUGAGGCUGUGUGUGAUGACGCUUACCAACCCUUGUACACAAUCACUCCUAGAAUGAUGUGCGCAGGUUCACCUAAAGGUGGGAAGGACGCUUGCCAGGGUGACAGCGGUGGUCCGCUGGUCUAUAAGAACAGGCUUGCCGGCAUCGUCUCCUGGGGCCUCGGGUGCGCCAGACCUGACUACCCUGGAGUAUACUCCAAGGUCUCGGUCCUCAGGAACUGGAUCGAAGAGAACAUUACCAUAUUAAGAUUGAAACAUAUUCUGCGAACCGCUUAAACGACUCCGGCGACAAUAAAUUGAUGAUGAGA